AUGCUAGAUAUAGCUCAAUUGCUCUAUGUGGCAGGUGUCCUUACUCAGCAUUAUGUGCUUAUUUUGGGGUUAUCACUACUAAGUAUUAUCCCCCUCUUUGGAACAGGUGCAUAUGGUCCGGAGCACUGGGUUACUUCAAACGUGGACUGUGGGAGGACUCACCAGUCUCCAAUAGAUAUUGUAGACCACCAAGCACGUGUCGGAGAAGAAUACCAGGAAAUAAAGUUAGUUGGUUUCGAUAACGAAUCUUCUAACAAGACAUGGAUGAAAAAUACUGGGAAAACUGUUGCUAUCCUCCUAAAAGAUGACUAUUUCAUCAGCGACGCAGGGCUACCAGGCAGAUUCAAAGCAGAGAAAGUGGAGUUUCACUGGGGCCAGAGUAACGGGUCAGCCGGCUCAGAGCAUAGCAUCAAUGGAAGGCGAUUCCCAGUUGAGAUGCAGAUUUAUUUCUACAACCCUGAUGACUUUGACAGUUUUGGGACAGCUAUCCAAGAGAAAAGAGUCAUAGGCGCCAUGGCUGUGUUCUUUCAAGUCAAUCAGAGGGACAAUCCAGCACUGGAGCCUAUUAUCCAUGGGCUGAAGGGUGUCGUACAUCAUGAGAAAGAGACCUUCUUGGAUCCCUUUGUCUUAAGAGAUCUUCUUCCAGCAUCCUUGGGCAGUUACUAUCGGUAUGCAGGUUCGCUGACUACUCCUCCAUGUAGUGAGAUUGUGGAGUGGAUUAUUUUCCGCAUGCCUGUUCCCAUCUCUUAUCGCCAGCUGGAGGCAUUCUAUUCCAUAUUUACCACGGAACAGCAAGACCAUGUCAAAUCUGUGGAAUAUUUGAGGAAUAACUUCCGGCCUCAGCAGAGCUUGAACAACAGAGUGGUUUCCAAGUCUGCCGUGAAGGAUGCUUGGAGCCAAGUGACAACAAGCAUCUUUGAAAAUCCCCUUGGGACAGAAGCCUCCAAAGUUUGCAGCACUCCUCCUGUCAAUAUGAAAGUGCAGCCGGUGAACAGAACAGCUUUGCUAGUGACCUGGAACCAACCAGAGACAAUCUAUCACCCUCCUAUUAUGAACUAUAUGAUUUCCUACAGCUGGACUAAAAACGAAGACGAAAAGGAGAAGACCUUCACCAAGGACAGUGACAAGGACCUGAAAGCCAUCAUUAGCCAUGUCUCACCUGACAUCCUUUAUCUGUUCAGAGUUCAAGCAGUUUGCCGAAAUGACAUGCGCAGUGAUUUUAGCCAAACAAUGCUCUUUCAAGCUAACACAACUCGAAUUUUUGAGGGGACCAGAAUAGUCAAAACAGGAGUGAAUAAUGGGCAGAAUGGAGUGUUUGGAAAGAAAAGGAAAUCAAAAGGAAAAAAGAGCCGAGGUAGAAUGUCAGGUACCUCUACUGAUGGUCUCUCUGCUGUGUUUUCUUCUCUUGUUCCCCCUGGUGAUUUCUUCAAGCCUACAGCUUCUCCUGCACCUUCAGCCGACAUGGCUCCCAUCAGUUCUGGAUCUUCUACUUGGACUUCCUCAGGCCUCCCCUUUUCCUUUGUGUCCAUGGCAACUGGGAUGGGGCCUUCCUCCAGUGGAAGUCAAGCAACGGUGGCCUCGGUGGUCACCAGCACUUUGCUUGCAGGCCUCGGGUUCAGUGGGAGUGGUAUUUCUUCUUUUCCUAGUACUGUUUGGCCCACUCGUCUCCCAACGGCUGCUGCCGCCAGUAAGCAGUCAGUCAGGCCAGUGGUCGCUACCACUGAGGGUCUAUCUUCUCCAGGACCAGACAAUGAUUCCACUCUCACAAAAGACAACGAAGGAGCAGAGGACGGAGAAAAGGAUGAGAAAAGUGAAAGUGAGGAUGGUGAAAGAGAGCAUGAGGACGAGAGAGAAAAGGAUUCAGAAAAGAAAGAGAAAAGCGAUGUGACAGAGGCGGCUGAUGUACAGAAUAACACAGAAACGACAGACACCACUGUGGCUCCUAAUAGAACUAUGGAGGAGGGAGGGAAUAAAACCAUACCUGAACAAGAGCCGAGCCAAAACAUUUUUCCGACAGGUAGGACUCCCAGAGGAGAAGGGGUUACAGAAACAGACACUCAGUCCAAAACAGUCCCUUCCACCCAAGUGCCACCAGCAUUCACAAAUGAACAAUAUACUGGACUGAUUUCGAGAGGGCCAGACACAGCAUCAAGGACACCUUUACCAAAUGGAAGAUUUCCAGAGGAAAACUCACCAGAUAACAGAUUUAUUACCAUUAACCCAGCAGGGAAGAAUAUUUCCAGUAUGGCAACCAGACCUGCUCCUGGCAAAAUGGAAUGGAUCAUUCCCCUCAUCGUAGUCUCAGCCUUGACAUUUGUGUGCCUCAUACUUCUAAUUGCUGUGCUAGUUUAUUGGAGAAAAUGUUUUCAGACAGCUCAUUUUUAUGUGGAGGACAGCAGUUCACCUCGCGUGGUGCCAAACGAAAACAUUCCCAUUAUCCCCAUCCCAGAUGACAUGGAAGCCAUUCCUGUCAAACAGUUUGUUAAGCAUAUCAGUGAGCUAUAUGCCAACAACCAGCAUGGAUUCUCAGAAGACUUCGAGGAAGUGCAGCGCUGUACAGCUGACAUGAACAUCACUGCUGAACAUUCCAAUCACCCCGACAACAAGCACAAAAACAGAUACAUCAACAUUUUAGCGUAUGAUCACAGUAGAGUGAAGUUAAGACCUUUACCGGGAAAAGACUCCAAGCACAGUGACUACAUUAAUGCUAAUUACGUUGAUGGUUACAACAAAGUAAAAGCCUACAUUGCCACCCAGGGACCUUUAAAGUCGACAUUCGAAGAUUUCUGGAGAAUGAUUUGGGAGCAAAACACUGGAAUUAUCAUCAUGAUUACAAACCUUGUGGAAAAAGGAAGAAGAAAAUGUGACCAGUACUGGCCCACAGAAAACAGUGAAGAAUACGGUCAUAUUAUAGUCACACUCAAGAGCACAAAAGUACAUGCUUGCUACACAGUCCGCCGCUUCACAGUCAGGAAUGCAAAAAUGAAAAAGGGGAACCCCAAAGGGCGCCAGAAUGAGAGGACGGUUAUUCAGUACCAUUACACACAGUGGCCUGACAUGGGAGUGCCUGAAUAUGCCCUGCCAGUGCUAACAUUUGUGAGAAGAUCCUCUGCAGCUAGGACCCCUGAGAUGGGCCCAGUGGUCGUGCACUGCAGUGCUGGUGUUGGUAGGACUGGAACCUACAUUGUUAUAGAUAGUAUGCUGCAACAGAUAAAAGACAAAAGCACAGUUAAUGUCCUAGGUUUCCUGAAACACAUCAGGACACAGCGCAACUACCUCGUCCAGACAGAGGAACAGUAUGUUUUUAUUCAUGAUGCCUUGUUGGAAGCCAUUCUUGGAAAAGAGACUGAAGUUUCUGCCAGCCAACUACAUAGCUAUGUUAAUAGUAUUCUCAUACCUGGAGUUGGAGGCAAGACUCGGCUAGAGAAACAGUUCAAGCUGGUUAUGCAGUGCAAUGCAAAAUAUGUGGAGUGCUUCAGUGCUCAGAAGGACUGCAACAAAGAGAAGAACAGGAAUUCAUCAGUAGUGCCAUCUGAACGAGCAAGGGUGGGACUGGCACCGUUACCUGGAAUGAAGGGAACUGAUUACAUUAAUGCAUCUUACAUCAUGGGUUACUACCGGAGUAAUGAGUUCAUCAUAACGCAGCAUCCCCUGCCACACACAACUAAAGACUUCUGGAGAAUGAUUUGGGAUCAUAAUGCACAGAUCAUUGUCAUGCUUCCAGACAACCAGAGCUUGGCAGAAGAUGAGUUUGUAUACUGGCCCAGUCGAGAAGAAUCCAUGAACUGUGAGGCCUUUACUGUGACCCUUAUCAGCAAAGACAGGCUGUGCCUCUCUAACGAGGAGCAGAUCAUCAUCCAUGACUUUAUCCUCGAGGCUACCCAGGAUGACUAUGUUUUGGAAGUGCGCCAUUUUCAGUGUCCCAAAUGGCCAAAUCCAGAUGCCCCAAUCAGCAGUACCUUUGAACUAAUCAACGUAAUCAAGGAAGAGGCCUUAACAAGAGAUGGCCCCACCAUUGUUCAUGAUGAGUAUGGAGCAGUGGCGGCUGGAACUUUAUGUGCCCUUACCACCCUGUCCCAGCAGUUGGAGAAUGAAAACGCUGUUGAUGUUUUCCAGGUGGCAAAGAUGAUCAAUCUCAUGAGGCCUGGAGUAUUUACAGAUAUUGACCAGUACCAGUUUCUUUACAAAGCAAUGCUAAGCCUGGUCAGCACUAAGGAAAAUGGAAAUGGCCUCAUGGCACUGGACAAAAAUGGUGCUGUUAUGGCCAAUGACGAAUCAGAUCCUGCAGAAAGCAUGGAGUCUCUCGUCUAAUUGGAAUAUUGAAAAGGCACUUAAUUUGUGGAAUUUCUGAAGACUGAGUGAACUUUUGGAGGCCUUUUUUUGCCAGACUCUAGGUUAUUCAAUAACCCAGUUACUUUUUUACACUGAUAAAAGUUUUGAUAUUUAUUUUUGCCAUUUUAUGUCUUAAUGGUAUCCUACUGAGCAUUUGCACCUCUGUUUUAUUUCACACGGUGGAACGCAAUUUUGUCUAGUUUGCACUAUAUGAUCAGUGUUAACUGCCUAUAAAGUUGUAAUACACAAGCAAGCAAGCAAACCCUGAUGCGACAUUCCAUGACGAUGACAAACAUGCUCCUUUUUAGUUGAAAUGCCCUAAAGUUUCGUUAAUUGCCAUGAGCCUUGACUCUAAAGUCUUGAAUGCUAGACCAGAAGGAUUCUUUUUGAUUUACAAGAAAUGCUGUACCCUUGACAUACUCCAAUAUUUAUUGUUUAAUUUUCAUAUAACUUUGGUAAUUGUUACAGGUUUUUUGUAUUCCAGUAACAUGGAUGAGUGUUGUUCAUUUCUUUCCAGACGAUGGGGUGAGGUGAUCACUGGCAACGCAGAAGUGCAGUAGCUUCCAGAUACGGAACAAUUUUUAUCCCUUUGUUUACACGGAAGCCUAAGAACGGCUUAUCAUGAAACAUAUAAAAUUACAUUCCCAGAACACAUAUAGCAACUCACAUCUGAGACAGAAUCUAAAAGUUUGGUUUUACAGCAUCACUGAUUCUAAAGUUUUUAUUUUUGAUUCUGCAACAGCAAUAUGGGGAAAAAAUAUUUUGAUAAUAUUUCACCAUAGGCAAUGUAGUAAUCGACUGCACAAAAACUACUAUCGGUUCCUUUUAUUCCAAAAGUGCUUGGUAGCAGUUUUCUCAGUUACUGUUCCACUCAGCAUUUUAAACACAUACAGUUCCUUAAUUCUUCUGAAGCAGGACCUCUGACUUAAGGGUAUGUUACAUGAUGGAAAAAGGAAUUUCAUAGUUUGAUAGCUAUUAGAUGCUGUUUUUACAGGUAUGUAAUUUUCAUACUUUAGUGCUAAAACGUACUGAUCCAUAUUACUGGUGAAGUGAUCUAAUAAAAAACUACC